AUGGUCAAUUUCACCAUAGUCAACGGACAAGUCUACACCCCGGGACUAGCAAUCGUCGAUGCCCCGCAACCCAACACUCCCCUGGGAGGAGACAACCUCCAAGUGGCAAUUGAUGUCUCUGGAAAUGGCCAAUUACCAUGGCCAAGCUCAAGCGACUCAUCCACCCGGUUCCACAGCAUAACCCUAUUCCUGACAUCGCAGUCUAAAUCCCACAAUUUCACCAUCUCCAACGGCACAAAGCCUGCUUCGAACUCAAGCUAUGCAUACCCGGUUCUUGACCUGGAGCCAUCUUCGACUGUCAAGCAUGUGAAUUGGAUCUGGCCUGAGUGUUUUGUCGGCGAUGGUUCUGGAUCUAAAGAUUCGGCGCGCGGUGAAUACAAUAUCUCCAUGCAUCAAGCUUUCCGGUGGAAUGACACGGACUGUUACACUGUUUUUGAUUUGCCGAUCUCUGUCACUAAUAGUAUCUCUUCGAGCGAUGAUCGGAUUGAUUGUGAUUUACUGGAAAAUAAGCUUCUUACUGCGGCGGAGAUCGACAAAAGCUCGGAUACAUUGCCUGGUCAGCCGUGGGUUGAGGGCGUGAGCACGACAUCGAGUUCUGGGGCUGCCGAGACAGGAAUAGGGAAUCAUUGUCAUGCGGGAUUCAAAAGGAUCGUGGGCGCUGUGUUCGCUGUGACUGCUGUCUUGCAUUUAUUGGUCAUCGAUCUGACAUCCCUUCAUCGAAAUCCAUGUGCGAUCAAAGAUUCCUCAUGCUCACCAUGUCCCAUUGCAUGCAGUCGCCAGCCCGAGCAACCCAUUGAUCCCAUGACACUCCUCUCCGCCAGAAGAGCACUGCGGUACCGACUCGCACGAGCUCUAAUCCUAAUCCUCCUCAGCUGGAGCCUGAUAGAACUCCACCUAAUCCAGCACCAAAUAUACGAAGCAGAAAACACCCAACGCACACCCCGAAAAGAACGAAUCUACAUCGCAAGUGUGAACUGGAACAACGAACAAGUCCUCCGCAGCCACUGGAACAAAGCCGUUCUGAAUCUUGUCUCAGAGCUUGGGGCUGAGAAUGUUUUUAUCAGCAUAUACGAGAGUGGGAGUUAUGAUAAUACGAAAGGGGCGUUGAGGGAGUUGGAUUGGGAACUUGAUAAACUGGGGAUUGCGAGGAAUGUCACUCUUUCCUCUGUGACGCAUCAGGAUGAAAUUGCUGCGCCGGCGAGGGGGGAUGGCUGGAUUACUACGCCUAAGGGGAAUCGGCAACUGAGGCGUAUACCGUAUCUUGCGAGGGUGCGGAAUUUGAGUUUAUUGCCUUUGCAGGACCUUGCGAGGAAGGGGAUCCUUUUUGAUAAGAUAUUGUUUUUGAAUGAUGUUGUGUUCACUCCGAGUGAUGUCUUUGAACUGUUGGAUACUAAUGAAGGGGAUUAUGGAGCUGCUUGCUCAUUGGACUUUUCCAAGCCACCCCAUUACUACGACACAUUUGCUUUGCGGGAUAUCAAUGGGCGCGAAGCUAUCAUGCAUACAUGGCCAUAUUUCAGCUCCAAGGUGUCUCGAUCUGCAAUGAAACGCAUGUCACCAGUACCUGUAACAAGCUGUUGGAACGGAAUGGUUGCAAUGCCGGCAAAACCAUUCCUCGACCAUCCGCCCCUGCGAUUCCGCGGUAUUCCAGACUCCCUGGCCCAGCUUCAUCUUGAAGGUUCCGAGUGCUGUCUCAUCCACGUUGAUAACCCAUUAUCCGAGAAAGGCGUCUACCUCAAUCCCCUGGUCAGGGUGGGAUAUAACGGCGCGGCAUAUGCUGCGGUCCAUCCGAUCAUGAGCUGGCUCUCUGCUUGGAGGAUCGUGCAGGGUACAUGGACCAAUCGAGUCCGUCGACUGGGUGACACAGCCUGGCUAAAAGGCGAGAAGAUUCGCAGGCGGAUUGAUCGAUGGGCAGCUUUGGAUACUAAGCAUCAAGAAGAUGGUCAGAUUUGCAUUAUUGAUGAGAUGCAGAUUCUCCAUCGAUAUGGGUGGAUUCAUGUAUAG